AUCCGGUUCGCAGGCGGUGAUGUGAUUUGAUUGGCGAAAAACGGUGUGAUUUUAUGCGCUUUUAUCUCCCGGCCCCCGACAUCUUUUACGGCACGCGUCCAUCCUCGUCGUCUGCAUUAUAAGGCCUCCGUCGCACGUUCUUGCAGCCCCCCAUCUUAAUUUCCGCCACGUUCCCGUGACACUGACAGACCGAGGCAUCCGACUUAACAUCAUGGACAACGAGGUCCCUCUCCCACCGCCGCCGCGCAUUCGGCAUCGCUCCCCAACUAAAACGCCCACCGCGUCCUGCUCUACGCUUCGCAAGACGUACCAGCUCUCUCGAUUCGAUGACCGCUCGAGCCAGCCAUCAAGUGACCCGGCGCUCUUUUCAAGCGAUGAUAUCCCCGCCUCUGGUCUAGAGAAUUACCACGCGCCUGUUCCCUCGGGGAGUAGGAAGAGACGCUAUCGAGGCACCUGGUGGGGCGAGAUGGUGAAGGAUCCGAAGCGGAAGAGGGCGGAGUUCAAAGAGAAGCGUCAUGUGGAUAGCGGUGUAUGGAUGGGAAGUGAUGAAUCUGGCGCAGAUUCACUAUUGCCGUCCGAGGAUGCAUCUACGUGGGGCGAGGAUCUCUUAAAAGAUACAGGCAAUUCUGCGGUAUCUGGGGGUGCAUUUAAUGUCGCCAUGCGGGAUAGUGAUCAAUGGAGGACUCAGGGGCAACCCUGGCCGCAGAGAGCUGGACUGAGAAAGGUUGCAGAACCGACAGAGCACCAGGCUGCGCGAACUAUUAUCAAUGAAUGCUUAGAAAAAGGGCAGGACAGCGUUGACUUAAGCAAUUGUAAUCUAAGGCUCGUGCCUUCUGGCUUGCUACGGCCUCUACAACAUCUUACGAAGUUACCUACUAUUAUUGAGCCUCCAAUCACCGAAGACGUCUACAGUUCCUUGCGGCCAUUUUUGCGCUUAUUCCUUACGGGAAAUUCUCUUCAGUCGAUGCCGGGAGAAUUGUUUGAGCUCGACUCUCUAAAAGUGCUUAGUCUGCGCUAUAACAAGAUUACGGAGGUCCCGCCAGCGAUAAAAAAGUUAACUUUGCUACAAGAAGUCAACCUUGCCGUCAACCGCCUUAAUUACCUUCCAUGGGAGCUUUUGUGGCUAAUCAAGAAAGGUGACCUUAAGCAUAUGAUAGUCCGGCCCAAUCCGUUCAUUCAGAUUCACGAGGCAGAGAUUGAUGAAUGGCAUUCUCCUGAGGGCACUGAAUUGGGGUCGCCAGGUGAAGGGUUGAGGCUCUGUGACUACGAAGGUCCCCCGCCAGAGGAGGCAUGGGCUCCCAUCCACGUUGCUACCGGCCCUGUUCGCCGAUAUAACAUGGAAGGUAUGCCGGUGGAUGACCAGGCUAGCCGCAUAUGCGCGAGUCAACCGAAUGAAAGGGAAUCUCGUGUUCCAUCCUUACGUGAAGUGUCUCUUCUUGCGUGUACCCGUUCAUCAUUCUUCGACCAGGUCUCGGAUGAAGAGAUGGCCGACUAUCCCGGCUUGAUACUCCGCCUGCUCCGACAAGCGAAGGAAGCUCGAAGCAGCGGUGGCCGGUCAUGCUCAGUGUGUCAUCGGAGCUUUGUGAUUGCUCGCGCUGAAUGGAUUGAGUGGUGGGAUUGCAGUACAUAUGAGAGCGGACUGAAAGGGCCGCGCUGUUCGGGCGAGAAACUUCGCCCUCUUCCAUUCCGUCGACUAGGUUGCAGCUGGGCUUGCGUGCCGAGCUCUGGAACAGGCCAAAAUACCUAGAAAGCGCUGGUACCAUGAAGGCUAAGUAUGGAUUUUAAUUAAUUCGGUUUGCAUGGGAAGGCCUGGUUCAUUUGCUGUUGUAUACAUAUAUGCCUUGGGCUGGCUGUAUCUUACAAGCCCAGUAUAUCAUUCGGGUCAUCAUACUUAGAUAAGGUGUAUAACUAUCUUACUUUCUCGCAUAUAUUUACUGUUAACAGGGUUAACAUGCUACGAUAAAUUGACUGCGAUCUCCAAGAAAUUCAGUAUGUAGCUAACCUACAACAACCCUACAUAUUCUAGAGGAUCAUUACCCAUGCCCUA